GCGAACAGAACCGUUACUUGGUUGCAGAAAGAAACUACAACUGCAAGAUGAUAUAGAUAUGGCUAAAUACCACCGUAGUCUUGAUUUAAAGUACAUGAGGAUGUAGUCUUCUAUUCAAAAUUGUCGGUCAACCGUCACAGCAACUUAAGUAAUGGUCUAAAAAGCAACACCAAUCUGCCAUAAAGAUACCUUUGGGGGCGUUUCGCUGCCCGUUUGGAUCGGGAUGAUCUCCCAACAGUGAGGAGUAAUCAGUGGCCCAAAGCCUGUGUGUGUGUUUGUGUGUGCGUGUGUGUGUGUGUGUACACCGUGGGGUAGCAACAGUAGAAUGAGCUGCCCAAGAGCCAUCACAGCCUGCAGGGACUGACAUACAUUGCUACAAAUACGCAGUCGAUGCAGUAUUUCAGAGGCUCUCCCUCCCUGUGGCUGAGAAACCAGCAGCAGCAUGUCCCGCGUCUCCUCUACCGCCAAGCGCUACUCUGGCCCCUCCUACACCAGCCACUACAGCUCCUACAGCUCCUCCCUGACCCCAGGCCAUAGCUCCUACAGCGAGCGGGACAGGCUGUCCUCCUACAAGUCCCCCACCUCCACCUCUUCUUCAGGUUACUCCUCCUCCAGUUAUCUGAGCAGUUCUGCCGCUCGCAGCCGCAACUACAGCACCGCCUCAGACCCCGACCGCGACCGGGGUCGAACCAUCCCACGCACUGACAUCCUCGGAAGCACCAUCAGCAGCCGCCGGAGCGAGAGCCUCAGCAGAACCCCUGUCAAGAGCUAUGGAGGGUUGGGGCUGAGUGGAGGAUCGACCUAUACCGGCUACAGUUCCUACUCUUCUUCCUCGGCCCAGUCCAGCUACCUCUCCUCUUCACCGGUGGCCUCCAGUAUCUUGCUCAACCGACGAAAAUCCGUAUCCCAGAGUGACUUGAGCAGGGACCUGGCCUCUCUGGGCCUCAAUGAUACCUCCUCCUCUUCCUCCGCCUCGUCUUCUUCCACCAGUGCCCUGCGGAGCUACCGCAAUCGGGCCAGCGAUGUGGCCAACUCGUAUGGCACUAGCUCCCGCCCGAGCUACUCCGGCCUGUCACGGAGCUCUACUCAGGAGGCCCUGUCGCGGAGCUCCACCCAGGAGGCCUUCAGCGGCAGCAGCAGCAGCAGAGCAUUCAGCUCUUCCUCAUGGGAGCCGAGCAGUAACGGGCUGUCCGACUCCCCCACCAGGGACUCCAUGAAUUCAAAGAGUGCCCAAGGCCUGGUGGGACUAAAGAACCUAGGAAACACUUGUUUCAUGAACAGUAUCCUGCAGUGUCUCAGCAACACACACAGCCUGCGAGACUACUGCCUGCACAACUCACACCGCAGAGACCUUAACAACAACAGCCGCACCAACACAGCCCUCAUGGAAGAAUUUGCCAAGCUGAUCCAGACCAUGUGGACGUCGUCCAGCAGUGAGGCGGUCAGCCCGUCUGAAUUCAAAACUCAGAUCCAGAGAUAUGCUCCCAGAUUUGUAGGAUACAACCAACAGGAUGCUCAGGAGUUUCUGCGUUUCCUCCUGGACGGCCUUCACAACGAAGUCAACAGGGUCACCGUCAGGCCGAGAGGCACCGUAGAGGACUUUGACCACCUGCCGGAUGAAGAGAAAGGGAAGAAGAUGUGGAGUAAAUAUCUAGAGAGAGAAGACAGUAAAAUAGUCGACGUGUUUGUCGGGCAGCUGAAGAGCUCACUAACCUGCAGCCACUGUGGCUUCUGCUCCACUGUCUUCGACCCCUUUUGGGAUCUCUCUCUACCUAUCGCAAAGAAGGGCUAUGGUGAGGUGAGUCUGAUGGAUUGCAUGCGGCUCUUCACCAAAGAAGACGUUCUCGACGGGGACGAGAAGCCGACGUGUUACAGGUGUAAAGCCAGGAGGAGAUGCACUAAGAAGUUCACACUACAGAAGUUCCCCAAGAUCUUAGUGCUGCACCUGAAACGCUUCUCUGAGGCACGUAGAACCAGCAAACUGUCCACCUUUGUUAACUUCCCCAUGAAGGAUCUUGACCUGCGGGAAUUUGCCUCCGAAAACAGCAUAAAUGCAGUGUACAACCUGUAUGCAGUGUCCAACCACUCAGGCACCACUAUGGGCGGUCACUACACAGCCUACUGUCGCAAUCCCACCUCGGGAGAAUGGUACACAUUUAAUGACUCCAGAGUAACGCCAAUGUCCUCCAGCCAAGUGCGCAGCAGCGACGCCUACGUAUUGUUCUACGAGCUGGUUUCCUCCUCGCGGAUGUGAAGCCUUCUGGCGGACGGCGGGCCACACAGCACCACUCUGAAUGACGGACAGAUAGAUGGAAAAUAAAAGUGUUGGUGGAGCAAGGCCCAUUUUGGACUUGUAUUUGGACUUAUCACACACACACACACACACACACACACACACACACACACACACACACACACACACACACACACACACACACACACACACACACAAAGACACACACCCCCACCAGCCUGAAGGCUGCUUCUGUCCACAGAGAGAGCUGGAGAAAGGAACACUCUGGAAACCACAGGAACCUGAUCAACCCGCCCUGCUUUCUCCCUCUCUCUGUCUUUACUCUCGUGUCUUGCUCAUUCUGGGUGGAGAUGUGCGUUUGUGUGUGUGUGUGUGUGUGUGUGUGUGUGUGUGUGUGGGUGUGUGUGAGAGGGUGUGAGUGAGUGAGUGAGUGAGUGAGUGAGUGAGUGAGUGAGUGAGUGUGCAAGGCUGACACAGGGCAAUAAAUAAUCCCAUCUGACCGA